UGACUCGGUGAGGCAAUCCUUUUGCCACCUGUUUCCAUGACUCCUCCUCCUCUUAGGCGGUGGGAGGCCAGUAGGCGGGCUGGGGGCGGGCCAUCGCAGUGUCUCCGCCCCAUCCAUCUUCUCUGGUUGCGGGCCCGCGGGUAGUUGGAAGGAGGUCAGGCAGAGCUACGGGAAGGGCACCCGGAGGAAGAGGAGGGUGAGAGGCGUUGAGGCAGGGGAGAGUGACGAGCUGCCCUUCAUUGUCAGCCAGGGACGAGCACGCGGCUACUCUCCCCUCACCCCGGCUGCCCACGAUCACUCGUCCGCAGAAAUGUCAGCCGCCGGCGCCCGGGGCCUGCGAGCCACCUACCACCGGGUUCUCGAUAAAGUGGAGCUCCUACUGCCUGAAAAAUUGAGGCCGUUGUACAACCACCCAGCAGGUCCCAGAACAGUAUUUUUCUGGGCUCCAAUUAUGAAAUGGGGAUUGGUGUGUGCUGGCUUGGCUGACAUGGCCAGACCUGCAGAAAAACUCAGCACAGCUCAGUCUGCUGUUUUGAUGGCUACAGGAUUUAUUUGGUCAAGAUACUCACUUGUAAUUAUUCCAAAAAACUGGAGUCUCUUUGCUGUUAACUUCUUUGUUGGGACAGCAGGAGCCUCUCAGCUCUUCCGUAUUUGGAGAUAUAACCAAGAACUAAAAGCUAAAGCAAACAAAUAAGAGUUCCUGAUCACCCUAACCAUCUAGAUGUGGACAUAACCACUGGGACCUAGUUUGAUUUAUUAUUCAGUUAUUGUAACUGUGCUAAUGUUUGGAAGGCAUUUUUAAAAAUCUAACUGUAACUGGGAGAUAGUACCUGAUUCAACAGAAAAAUAAAGCAAACUUUUAAUAA